AUAAUCGUAUGGAAUAUUAUUGUUUCAAAAUAUUUACAUCUACAAAUUAAACUAGAUGAUGAUGAUGAUUCAUCACAUAUAUGGUCAAUAUUAGCAACGAAAUUCAAUUUACGUGGAUUUGAAAAUUUUCAUAACUUUAUGUAUACUUGUUCCAAAGAAUAUGAUUGGAUUGAUUGGCAAGAUAUGUUGAAAAUAACCUGUAAUGGUACAUUUAUUGGACCAUUAACCAUAUUGGCAUUAUUAUUAAGAUUUCGUUGGAUUUUAAAGAAAAAUAAUCAACAAAAUCGAUUAUCAACAAAAUCAUUACCAUUCAUAUAUCAUUGUAUAAUGACUGGAUGUUUCACAGCAAUGGCAAUAAUGAUUAUGAGAUUAAAAUUAUUAAUGAUGCCACAAUUGGCCAUUUCGGUUGGAUUAAUUUUUACUAAUCAUUAUAAUAAUAAAAAAUUGGAUCAAGAAAAUCGAUUGAAAAAAUCAUCAUCAUCAUCAUCAUCAUCAAUGAAAUAUAAAUACAAUGGAUGGUUUGAUUGGCUAAUACUCAGUAUAAUCAUUGGCCUAGUAUCGAUAAAAUCAUAUCCCAUGAUGCGUGAAUAUCUGGAACAGCAGCAACAAUUUUCCAAUGAAUCAUUUGAAAAUAUAUUGAAUGCCGUACAGCAACGAACACCAUCUGAUAGUAUCAUAGGUGGAUCAAUGUCAACAAUGGCUACAGUAAUGCUUUCGACUGGCAGAAAAAUUGCAAAUAAUCCAUUCUAUGAAUCUUCAUCGAUACGUCAUCGUACUUAUCGUAUCUAUCAAAUAUACAGUGAACGACCAUUUCGAGCCAUACAUAAAGAUCUAUGUGGAUUACAAUUACAAUAUAUAAUUAUCGAAACAAUCUAUUGUUAUGGACAUUUUGGACAACAACAAAAACAACAUUGUCGUAUGAUUGAUAUAUGGAGACAUGAUGAUGAACGUAUCAAUUAUUGGCAACAACAACACGGACAACAACAUGGACAACCAGAUAAACAUAAACCAGAUGGCCAUCGAUUAUGUCAUCUAUUGAUUGGACGGCCAAAUAAUAAUGGUCAAGAAGAAGACGUUUUCAAAUAUUUUGAAUUAAUCGCUUCAAAUGAUUUAUAUCAUCUAUAUAAGAUUGUCAAUUGUCGUUGAUGAUAGACACUUUUUUUUCGAUUUUUUCUUUGCUUUUCUUUUCUUGUUUUUUUUUCUAUUUAAUAGUCAAAUUUUGAUGAAAAAAAUAUACACCCAUUUCCAUAUGUAGUGAAAUUUUUUUUCUUUCGUGUGAGAUUUAUUCGUUUCUGUUUUGGUUGUAAAUACAGUGGAAAAAAAUGAAAAUUUUAAAUAAAUAUAAAUCGAUCGACCGUUUCAUUUGUGAUGA